AUGGGGUCUGUCACGAAAGUCAAGGCGUGUUUCUCAUGCACCAUCGGAAAGCGGAAGUGCGACAAAGCACAACCCGCUUGCGGCCGCUGUGACGACAGGGACGUUGAAUGCCGUUAUCCUAGAACCAAGCGGAAAAGACCGCACAUGUCUACAACGGGAUCAGAAUAUGCUAGCCCAAGCACAGUCAACGAGGCAUCCCCUGCCCAAGCCGACACUUUCUUGCCAUCAUUUCCUAGUAACCUAGUCAAUCCUCAAGAAUGGACUAGGAGUUUGGGAAACUUGAGCACUCUAGUCACGCCUGGACUACAGCAUGAUACUGAAGGCUCUACCAGCACUAACCAAGAGGAUCCCACUCACUUCUUCCUCAAACCAGAUUCUUGGAUCAUUCAACACAUUCCGUUUACCACUCCGACCUUCUCGAACUCUGUCUGCAUGAAUUACAUCAAAGGCAUCCAUGAGUUCUUUAGUGACUGGGUCAGUAAUGGACACAGCUCUUUCAUGCACAGACAACUAUACGCAGACUCUGGGUACCCCGUUGCAAUUCAAGAUGGAUUUGCUUGCAUAACAUUGCACAACGCCAAGACAUUAUCAAAUGAGGAUAUCGUUGACGAGAUUAUAUCCACCAAACUAUCAGCAUUGCUCAAGUCUUAUCCUCGAACCGAUGACUACAAUGACUCGGAAACUGAUCUCAAUAUACGAGAGCACCUCUCUCGCACACAAGCCUUAUAUGUCCAUUUAGUUCUGGCCCUCUUCUCUUCUUCUAUUGGAGCACGUGCAAAUGCUGAGCAACAUAUCCAGACGCUGUUGUCCUGGACCCGUCAGCUUUGGCAAGCAGCUAGUCGCGACCCAGACAUUUGCCAGCCCGAAAACAGUGACGGGUUUGCCACAUCUACCAAUGCCAUUGUUCUCGAUGUCAUGUUUGACGGCGAUAGCACACCCCGGCUGUGGCGAUCAUGGGUACUAUCAGAGAGCAUUCGCCGUAUCUUCCUGAUGGCCACAUCGACUAUUGGCGUCUACCUGACACUACGGCAGAAAUGGGCAGAGUGUCAAGUUUGGAAUGUGAAAGCCUCUUCUUGA